CAACCCCGAAAGCUUUAUAAUUGGGUUAUUAGCUUAUCGAUAAGUGAUUGGAAUAUUUACUGCAAAGUGGACUAGUGAAAUUAUCAAAAGGUACAAGAAAUUUCGUUAUGAUUAGAUCAAUUAGUGCUAAAUGUUUAAGAACUAGAUUAGUUGGUUCAAAGCAAUGUUUCUCUACCACUACCAGAGUCUUUAAUUCGUCUACUGGUAUUCCCGAUGCUACAGAAGAAUCUCAUACUGGUCAGUAUAUCAAUACCAUUACCAAGCCAUACACUGCCACCACUUAUGCUCGUCCUAAUGUUGUUAUCACCCAUGGGAAAGGGUCACAUUUGUAUGAUUUGGAAAAUCGCCAAUACAUUGACUUUACUGCAGGUAUUGCAGUAACGUGUUUGGGACAUUCAGAUCCUGAAAUUACUAAUAUCAUUAGUGAACAAGCCAAAACAUUGAUUCAUUGUUCCAACUUAUAUUAUAAUCUUCCUGCUGGAGAAUUACUGUCAAAGUUAGUUCAUAAAACAUUACAAGCUGGAGGAAUGAAAGAUGCACAAAGGGUGUUUUUAUGUAACUCAGGUACUGAAGCCAAUGAAGCUGCAUUGAAGUUUGCCAGAAAACACGGUAAGAAUAUUAAUGAAGAAAAAACUGAAAUAAUCACAUUUAAUAAUUCAUUCCACGGUAGAUCAAUGGGGGCAUUAUCAGUGACACCAAAUCCUAAAUAUCAAGCACCUUUUGCUCCUUUGAUUCCAGGAGUCCAAGUGGCUGAUAUUAAUGAUAUCAAAAGCGUGGAAACGUUAAUGAAAAAGGAUAAAACCUGUGCCGUUAUCAUUGAACCAAUUCAAGGUGAAGGUGGAGUUACCCCAGUUGAUUCCGAAUUCUUGGUUGCAUUGAGAAAAUUAUGUGAUGAAAAUGAUGUUGUAUUAAUCUAUGACGAAAUUCAAUGUGGUUUAGGACGUACCGGUAAAUUAUGGGCACAUUGUGAUCUCCCACAGGAAGCUCAUCCAGAUAUUUUAACCAUGGCUAAAGCCUUGGGUAAUGGUUUCCCAAUUGGUGCAACCAUGAUCAGUGAAAAAAUUGAAAAAUCUUUAAAUGUCGGUGAUCAUGGUACUACUUACGGUGGUAAUCCAUUGGGUGCUAAGAUUGGUUCUUACGUUGUUGAUAAAAUAAGUAAACCAGAAUUUUUGGAAUCAGUUAAUCAAAAGGCUGAAAAAUUUAAUAAAAAAUUAACUGCAAUCGCUGAAAAUUAUCCAAAUAUCAUUACUUCAGUUAAAGGUAAAGGUUUAUUGAUGGGUCUUCAAUUCAAAGAAAACGUCGAUAUCGCCAGUAUCGUUUCCCAAUGUAGACAGCACGGUUUACUUGUGAUUACGGCUGGUAUGAACGUCAUUAGACUCGUUCCUGCUUUGAACAUCCCGGAUGACGUAAUUCAAGAUGGUCUCAACAUUCUAAGCAAAUGUCUUGACGAUAGUUUGGCCAAAUACAAAAUUGAAGACCCCCUGACCAAAAACUAAACUUCUCUCAUAUUAUAGACUCCAAUAUAUGUAUUUUA